AUUAACUCCGUCUACAGUUUUAGUGGCUGUCUCAGCAAUUUACAGCUCAAUGGAAGAUCAAUUACUUCAGCUUCCCAGACAUUUAGCGUAACGCCUUGCUUUGAAGGCCCAUCAGAAGCAGGAACAUACUUCUCAUCAGAAGGAGGAUACGUUGUCCUUGAUGAAUCCUUCAGUUUAGGCCUGAAAUUUGAAGUUGUUUUUGAAAUACGUCCCCGAAGCAGCUCAGGAAUCCUACUGCACGCUCACAGCAUGAAUGGAGAGUACCUGAACAUGCACAUGAGAAAUGGACAGGUUACCGUGAAACUGAAUAAUGGAAUCAGAGAUUUUUCAACUUCAGUGACACUGAAACAGAGUCUCUGCGAUGGCAGGUGGCACCGAAUUGCAGUUAUUAGAGAUGCUAAUGUGGUGCAGCUGGACGUAGACUCUGAAGUUAACCAUGUGGUAGGGCCACUAAAUCCAAAGGCAAUUGACCACAGGGAGCCAGUGUUUAUUGGAGGUGUACCAGAGUCUCUGCUAACAUCCAGCCUGACUACACGCAACUCCUUUGUUGGCUGCAUUCGUAACUUCAUGAUUGAUGAAAAAACAGUGAGUUUUAGUAAAGCAGCUUUGGUCAGUGGUGCCGUAAGCAUCAACACGUGCCCAGCAGCCUGAUAGUGCACUGCAUCAUCAAUCCUGUCAAGUUCCUUAGACCACAGAAAGAAAAAUAGAACAAAAGAAACCAUGUUCAUCAAGAAGAGAAGAAUGAAAUAGGAAGGAUGCAUCUACAGAAAGCAGUAUGUUUGAGGGUCACUUCUAAUGUAUGCAAACAAAAAUCACCAAAGAAAAGAGGGCUGUUGCUUCUGCACUUCUCUUACUAUACCAC